AUGAAGUCCUACCAAGUGUUCUUAAUUUUAGCGACGCUGAUCGCGGUGUCGGCUCCGCUGGCUUCCGGAGUCAAACCCAACUGCCACUGCAUGCGCUACAAAAGUGGUCCCCGGGUGAUUGCCGAGUGCCGGGAAAUGUUGGGCUAUCCCCCCGGUGACUAUUAUGGGGAAGCAGGUCGCUGCCAGCGGUAUUGCGGGGCAAUGCUGAUGCGAGCCUGGGACAGCGUGGAGGAAGCGCCCCAAUUUGCAACCUGGCCCCGAUUCUUUAAAGUUGAGAAUCUAGCCGAAGGCACCGACUGCUUCAACGAUCGUAUCAACAGCUGCUGGAGUGUGAUGAAGGACGCGGCCGCCAUGGACGACCCCUGCUCUCGGGUGGACAACGCGUACACUUGCUUCAAUCAUUCGGAAGUCAACCAGAGGGAGGAAAAGUAUUUUGUUCCGCAAUCUCAGCUUCAACAUAAACGGAACAUUCUCGAGUGUAAGGAAAUUUUACAGGUGAGUCCAAUCGAGCUGAAUUGUAUCCAGCGAUACGGGCUUUUUGAGCAUGCCAAGGGUCGCUGCUGGGUCAGAUGCUUCAUGCUACGAGAGCAGCUGUAUGACGAUGAAACGGGUGUGGACAUUUACCGAACUUUGGUGCAACGUGCUGGUGCCCUCGAUAAUGACCUGUUCCGGAAAAAUGCCGGAGAUUGUAUGGAGAGGGUACGAGAAUCCUGUGGUUUGGAUAACUGCACCCAAGCAGCGAGAAUGGCAAAGGAAUGCUUCGAACCGGGAAUAUGGAGCGUGGUAGAUAAGAUCGUGAAGGAGUUAUAA